AUGGCAUCCGAACAACUGAACGUCAUUGCUCUCAUAUCGGGGGGGAAAGACAGCUUCUUCUCAGCCUUGCACUGCAUCGCAAACGGACACAAAAUCAUCGCUCUGGCGAACCUGCAGCCGUCUGUAGACGACCAAGCCCCAUCGGAGCAUGAGGUCUCAUCCAACGGCACUCGCAUCGUCAAACCUGACACGCUGCUAUCGGGAAGCCAGGGUGCAGUUGACAUCAGCCAUGACGAUCAAGACUCUGCUACCGACGACGAGGACCUUAACAGUUUCAUGUAUCAGACUGUAGGCCACCAGAUCAUUCCUCUGUACGCCAAAGCCACAGGGCUUCCUCUCUACUGUCAGCCUAUAGUCGGUGGAGCUAAGUACGAGGGUCGCGACUAUGAUGCCUGUCGGGCUACCGACGACGAAACGGAGAGUAUGGUACCUCUUCUACGCACCAUAAUCGACCGGCAUCCUGAAGCCAAUGCGCUCUGCGCCGGAGCAAUACUGUCAACUUACCAGCGUACCCGCGUGGAAUCUGUCGCCUUGCGGCUCGGCCUCACCCCAGUCGCCUAUCUGUGGAAGUACCCGGUGCUACCUCCAGCACUAAGCGGCCUUCCUUCGGAUGACGCCCAGUUGCUGUUGGACAUGGAAGUGGCCGGCCUUGACGCGCGAAUCAUCAAAGUUGCUAGUGCAGGUCUGGAUGAAGACUUUUUGUGGGAGAGGGUAAGCUGUGCGGCCGGGGUGUCGAAGGUCAAACGAGGCCUGAGAAAAUUCGGUGUCUCCGAAGGCUCAGUUCUUGGUGAGGGAGGCGAGUUUGAAACUCUGGUCGUCGAUGGGCCAACCACUUUGUUCCAAAAGCGAAUCAUCGUGCCAGACCAAGCUCGAAAGCUUGUGAGGGAGGGAGGGGGUACGUCCUGGCUCAGCUGCCGAGGAGCCUACAUCGGCGAGAAGGACAGGCCACAAGAGGAUUCUGAUGGGGCGGUUCGCGUGCCAGGACUUUUCGAUCCCAGGUUCGACUACGUCUCAGAAUCUAUCUCAGAGACAGCGAGGUCAGUGUCGAACGAGUCGAAACCCAGCCAGCGACAGGGCAAAACUCUUCGGCUGAGCGACUUGCCGGCAUUGUCGUCCGAGAUUUCUUGGACUGUACACUCGGAAGGGUUAAGUCCUCAGUCUACCAUCGAGGCUGAGACGCAAGACGUGGUCGACAAGAUCAAGACUCUCCUCACCAAGUCAUCGCUGCCCACCACUGCCAUCACCAAUACCAUCAUCGUUCUCCGCCGCAUGUCCGAUUUCCCUGCCAUCAAUGGCAUUUAUGGGGCAUUAUUCAGUCACCCAAACCCCCCUUCACGGAUCACCAUCUCUUCCGGCGACCUCCUCCCUGAUGAUUGCAACAUUGUCAUCCAUCUGUCCAUACAGCCCUCUCUUGGUCUCCGCGACAGAAAGGGGCUUCAUGUCCAGUCAAGAUCUUACUGGGCGCCGGCAAAUAUUGGCCCCUAUAGCCAAGCUAUCGACGUGCCCCUAGUCGGGCUCGCCUCGUCCUCCCCAGACCUCGCCACGACAAGGUCUAUCUUUAUUGCUGGUCAGAUCCCUCUCUGGCCUGCCUUGAUGGCCCUCCCUGUCGAAGCCGACAUCUCGGCUCAAAUCACCAUGUCCCUUCAACACCUUUGGCGCAUCGCAGCCGACCAACAUGUUCAGCUCUGGUCCAGUGCUGUUGCUUACUUCCCACGCACGCAUGACAUGGGUGGCAUGCGGACCAAAGCCCGUCUUGCCGCCCAAGCGUGGCGAGCAGCCCAUUUUUACGCUACGGAUGGAGAGGAGGAAACUGGACCUGACCCAUGGGACCGCAAAUAUAACCCUGCAUUCAUGACAUUCGGCGAUGCCACUGGCGACAACGUUUCGACUCUUCCGGAUUCAGACGUCAUGAAAGUGUCCCUCGAAGAUGAUGACGACGACAAACCUUUCAUUCCGCCAUUCUUCGCGGCGGAGGUCGAAGAACUUCCACGUCAGUCAGGUGUGGAAUGGCACGCUCACCUCGGUCUCGCCGGCGUUCCCUCGUCUUCGGUCGAACACGCCAGUCACAUGGAAGAACCAUGCGAAGGACGACCUUUCACGUCCCGUACAUCACAUCUCGUUGUAGCAGGUGUGUUAGUUCGCAGCACCGUGUCGAUCGAGUCCCGGGGUGGUAUCGAGAUCAGUCCCGUUGAUGUCCUCCAGGAGGCCAAGCGUGCAUAUUCAACAUCUCUCUCAGGACGCUCUGCCAGAGAACCAUGUCUCAUCUACAUCGACACCUCCAUAUGUGGCGUCGCCGUGUCAGCAUCAGGGGCCAGAAAAGAAGGGGCCACUGCAUCUGCCGUAAUCCCCUGUCACUCUCUCUGGUCCUCGGCCGGUGAAAAGCUCGCGGCAGUGGUAUUGUUCCGAGGCUGA